AAGAGGAAGUAAAUCAAUAACGAAUGUUGUUCUUAAUAAAAAUAACAUUUAUUCCUCGAAGCUCGUUAUAAAUUUCCAAUUUAAAUGCUAUAUUAAAAAACACCACUUUACUUUUUAUCUCGCCACACACAGUAGAAGAAACACUGAGUCCCAGUGUCGUGUUUCUCUUACACGCAGAAAUUACGAAUAACGAGGUACUAGAAUCCUGUCAUCUCACGAAGACGUAAUUCAUUUGCAGGAUGUCAGCAGCACAAUGGACGGAGUUGACGAAUUUCAAGUGUCCAGCUUCAGGAUGUCCGUCCAAAGAAGACCGAUCAUGGGUGUGUGAGGAAGAUGGUACAACUAUUUUGCUGAACGCCGAGGGAAAAAUGAAAUGUCAGAACGGCAAUCAUAAGGGGGACGUUUGUAAAUGGGUCUGGAACUGCGGGAAGAGAUUUCAUCGCGGGCAGUAUGUUAAAGCGCCGCUGGAGAGCUUCACGAAUGCCCUGUCACAAAACAUGCAGUCUCUGGAUAAAAUGGGUACCAUUUGGUGGGCAAAUCUUGUACGUGACUUGGAUAGACAGUAUAACUCUCCAGCUGCAAGCUUUUCGGGUAAUAGACUGGCUACGAGGGGACAACGUUCCCGCUACUCGGAAAACAUUCGACGUGCUCCAAAAGAAAACCGUUCUAGUUACAAAGGAUACAUCAACGAUUCAGCUAAAGAAGCAAAUUUUAGCUUCUUGAGGCCACCACAAAACGCGUCUAGGUUGGAACGAACCUUUAGCAAAAACAACAACGCAUCGAGAGAACAACGUUACUCGUACAACAUCCAGUCAGAAAAGAGAGCAGCAAAAAGGAACCCAAGGUGGUUUGCGCUUAAGAAUUUCAGCUGCCCGGUUUUAAAUUGUCCUUCGAGAAGAGGCAAGACCUGGGUGUGUGAUAUGGACGGUUCAACUAUGUUCGUUAACGCUUUCGGCAAAAUGGAAUGUGAACACGGCACACAUACUGGGGAAAUCUGCACGUGGGUUUGGAACUGUGGGGACAGAUUUCAUCUCGAGGAGUAUGAUACAACAUGCUUAGAAGGAUUCACAUUUUCCUUGUCUCGAGCCGUACAGCUGAUGGCUGGAAUGGGUUCAGAAAAAGUCGCUUGUCUGAUCAAUAAUUUAGGAAUCCAAUUUGACACGUCCAGUUUUUCUGGUUACAUCGGAAAUGCAACGAGAGCAUUUGUAUUUUAACUUUGUAUUUGGAUAUGUAAAAAUAUUCAUAUGCUACGUAUUUUUAGUAUACCAAAUAUAUGAAUAAUGGAAAAUCUGAAAAUUAUUGGAAGAUACAUUUUAGUUUCCAUCCGCAAAUGUUCUAUUUAAUGCAAAUGACUAAUAUACAAUACAGAACAAUACAUUUACGUAAUAUUAAAUAUGUUUGAAUCAGGAAACGACAAAACCAUAAUCAGAAGAGAGGAAUAAAAUGAAGAAAUAUACGGGAUUACGUGUAACUGCUGAUUUAUUAAAUACUUAAACAUUAACUUUAGACACAUUAAAAGGGGUAUAAUAAAUACAAGUUCACAAUUUGACUAUGGAAGUGGAUCUGUCAAUGUAAAUCUAUAGCAAACGUUUGAAGACGCACGUUGAGCUUAGAAUAUAUAUCUGUACGCGUUCGGGGUUUUAAAGUAUUAUACCGUUCCUUGUAUUACAAUUCCUUUUAAAGGAAAAUAUGUUUUCAAGCCUUAUAUAAUUAAGCUAAAAGUUCUAAGAACACUGCGAGGACAUUUAGAUAUCAUUUAACAGUUUGCCUGGUGUAAGACUGUGGUAAUGAUAAUUUUUAAGGUAUCGUCAUUUCUACGAACCCAGAAAUUGCAUUUAGUUAAUCAAUUAUAGACUCUGCCACUUUUUCUUUGCAAAACUAUUGCUUAGUGGGAUUUUCAGUAUAAAAACAUUAACAUGUAUUAUGCAAUUUUAAUGAAAUUCAGUAUUAAUGUCAGUUUUAUUUGUUGUCUUCUUUUGUUCACAAU